UUCCCUCAGCGUGUACACAUGCGACAAACAAUAUAACACCCCAACGCAGUAACCGCUUAUGUUUUAUCCACACCCACAGAAACAAUAGAGUGUAUUUCUAUUGGUCAUAAGAUUGGGGAGAUUGCAAAAUAUUGCGUUGUUUGUGGGAAUAGGGACGGUUUUGUGAUUUUUUUUAGUGUUGCACCAAAUUUCGUAUCCCUCCGCGCAACAGAUCUACCAUCCCCAACAUGGCUUCCAGCAUGGAUGAAGAGCAGAGCUUGAAAGAAUGCGAGGCGUACGUUCAAAAACACAACAUCCAGCAAGUCCUGAAGGAUGCCAUCGUGCAGCUCUGCAUCACCAAGCCCGAUAGCCCGCUUGGUUUUCUGCGCGAGUACUUCGAACGACUGGAAAAGGAUUCGGCCAACAAGUCCAAGCCAAAGUCGGGAUCGCCGUCGCCCGACGAACGCGAUGACGAAAUCUCUCCCACGCCACCGAACCCCGCCAUGACGGGGCGGCGCAGGCGGGGCGCGGUCAGCGCGGAAGUCGUGAAGGAGGAAGAUCUAGCGUCCUACGUGAAAAAGGUUGUUCCCAAGGACUACAAGACCAUGGCCGCGCUUUCGAAGGCCAUCGCCAAAAACGUGCUGUUCAGCCAUCUGGACGAUAACGAGCGCAGUGACAUCUUUGACGCAAUGUUUCCUGUUACCCAUAUUGCUGGAGAGAGGGUCAUACAACAAGGUGACGAGGGAGACAAUUUCUACAUCAUUGACCAGGGUGAAGUAGAUAUAUAUGUUGACAAUGAGAAGGUGACGUCUAUCGGAGACGGCGGGAGUUUCGGAGAGCUCGCUCUCAUCUAUGGCACACCCAGAGCUGCAACAGUCAAGGCAAAGACAGACUUGAAAUUGUGGGCCAUCGACAGAGACACAUACAGACGUAUACUCAUGGGAAGCACGAUGCGGAAGAGAAAGAUGUAUGAAGAAUUCCUCAGCAAGGUUUCCAUCCUAGAAUCCCUUGAUGAGUGGGAGCGCCUGACGAUCGCGGAUGCGCUGGAGCCGUGUCAGUUCGAUGACAGUAGCGAGAUCGUAAGGCAGGGCGAACCCGGAGAGGACUUCUUCAUUAUAACAGAGGGCACCGCGGCUGUUCUACAGCGCCGAUCAGAAAACGAGGAGUACGUGGAAGUGGGUAGGCUGGGACCCUCCGACUACUUCGGCGAGAUCGCUCUACUCUUGGACAGGCCUCGGGCGGCCACCGUCGUUUCCCGCGGACCCAUGAAGUGCGUGAAGCUGGACCGCGCCCGUUUCGAACGCGUCCUCGGACCGUGCUCGGACAUCCUCAAGCGUAACAUCUCCCAGUACAACAGCUUCGUCUCGCUAUCGGUCUGAAGUUCCAAGACGUCCGCGUGCCAAACCACGUUCGGCAUCCCGAAAUGAAAACGUAUCGGCUCGGAGAUAUAUCAGCCAAGUCACAGUCCACACUUUUUCCGGAUCUAGAUCAAGAAUUGUCCACAUAUUAUAUGUAAUAUAUAUCAGAAGUUUAUGUGCAAAAUAUUCCCAACCCAAACCAUCGCUCGUCAUUUGUACUUCACAAAGUUUUCUACAUGUAUUUCCAUCUAGUUACAUUUAAAACUGUUUUCGUCAUCGAAAAACAGAAGGGGAAAAUCAAAUGGUCAGUGACAACUGCGUUAUUCAAAAGUCUGACGUUCUUUGUAGCAUUUUUUUGUGAAUCGGUAGCGGUUGUCGUAAAUUGUUUAGCGGAUGUGCAAAGGUAUUACGUACGGAUAUCGGAUAUGCUAAUGAUGCCUGGCCUUGUAUAAGGGGGUGGUAGAAAAAGACAGUCGGGGAGAAUGUACAAAACCUGUAUAGUAGACUGGGCCCUGCAGUUCUUUCAAGAGUUGCAAGGUGGCGAUUAUUUGAGUUGGCUGGUGGUACAUGUAUGUAGGGAGUAAAAUGGCAAGGGCAGCAGAUGUAGACUGUUAUCAGAUAGUAAUGUAUUUUUCGAAGUUUACGGACAGGCAUCGCCGACGUUUCAGACAUACUACAACUAAAAAUCAUAGAAACACCAGAAAACGAUAAGCAUUUUACCAUCGUGUAGUUUUGUUCCAGUGUCGUUAUACUUUGUGCUUCCCCUCGGUAAAGUUUUCCCCGCCUCCAGUGUUAGAAUUUGACUCCACUAUUGUGAAGUGGUUUGACCCUGAAUUCCAAGUAAACAAUGGCAGCGUUUGGACCAUUCCAUUUACACACAGGGAUGGUUGACCGAUUCAGCCAAAUGAAAGAUACAGUUUGGAAAAGAAAAGCUCCUUGGGAAAAGCAACCUUCUUUUGGAUCACACCAUUUCAGAAUAAGGGAGUGGACGAAGAAGAGCUACCAUAUGUACGACAAAAAGGAAUUAUUAUUAUAUUACUCUUUUGUGUAUUGUUCUUAGUAUUGUGUUGUAUGACAGUAAGUUGUUAUUAUGGUGCAAGGUUUUGUUAUAAUAUUGUAUAAUGUAUCUUGUACGUAGUGUAAAUGGCUUCCACAAUUUAUUUCGAUAUUAUCUAUGAAAGGUUUUUAAUUAUGUCUAUUAUUAUAUAUGGGUAUUACCAAAGGUAAAUCAGAGUACAUGUGCAAGUUCAAUUCACGAGAGUGUGGUAGUGAAUUUGUUUGUAAAUCGUCAUCAAUGCUUUUAUGUGCGUACGUUGAUCGGAAAUGUGAUCCCAUCUUAGACCUUAAGGCUCGCUGAUCUAUCGUUGAUCCAUCAAUUGUGAUCCAAACAGUUUUGAUCCAGCUUUGAUCAAAAAUAGGUAUACGUUGAUCCGACAUUGAGGUCAAGCUCGCUGAGACCAGUUACUCUCCAAGCAGAGGUUGAAUCGCGCAGAUAUAGUUGUAGUCAGAAAAAUAGGAAGAGCGCCCGUGUAAUUUUUGACUACUACUAUAUCUGUGCAAAUUAACCUCUGCUUGGAGAGGAAGUUAGAGCGCCAAUCUACCGGAUGUUUUAGAAUAGGUGCAUUUAAGGUCAUCCUAAAAGUGGUGCUGUAAAAAACGUUUUAUGGCUUAAGGAUGAUGUUUUUCAUAUAGAACAUUUAUACCGCCUGUCUUUUGCCAUAAACCUGUGGAUUUAGUACCAAUGGCAACUUUCUGUUGCGAAAAUUUGCAUAUGUACUGCAGAAUGCGUGUGUUGCGUACAGCAGUAUGCAUAUUUAUGGAGAAACGUCUUUUCCCGCUUAGAACGCAACGUCCCGACCCCCGGAUGUGCAGACAUUACAAAUCAUCUGUUAAACUUGUAACUGGGCAAAUUUGACUACUUUUUUAGUUUCUGAUGAAAAGUGGUCAUGUUCUAUCAUUUGGGAAGAAUGGUAGAACAAUAAAUGAGCACCUGUGUGCUCGUAAAUCCAAACAUCUGGUAGAUUAGGCGGCAACUGCCCGUUCGCCGCCGCGUCACGUGUCUGAGUUUCGUACGUCAACAUUCCACGUCCCCAAGUGUCCUUUGUACGCUGUGGUUGGAGCGCAACGUUGCUGGCCUCUCAAUGGUCCAAGCAUCUGUUUGCGUCCUCUUUUCGUCCCUAGCUUCUUUAUCUGUGCUACGUUCAGUACUGUCUUUUUACAAAGACGGUAUGGAUAUGAUUUAUGAAGUAAACACGCAACACACGUAUGAAGAAAAUCACCUAUUUCUUUAGAUCGUUGAUAAACAACUAUUUGUACCAGUAUGCGAGAAACAAGAGUCGUAGAUAUGACGUGCCUAGAGUUUCAUAAUUUUGAUUUACGAGUAAUUUCGGUUCAAGAAUACAGCAGAGAAGGUGUCAGAGAAAGGAUCAUUAAGAAAAAAAAAGCACUAUAUAGUGGCUGGAAGUUAAGUAAAUGUAGAAUGCAAAUUGUGCAUAUAUUCAUGCAUUUACAGUAUUGUAUUGCCACACCUCUACAUAAUCACGGUACCAUAGAUAUUUGUUCAGAACAUCAGAUAAAAAGGCUACGCCCUUGAGGCUUCGCCAAAAAUAUACUCCAGUUCUCAGCUAUACAAGUGGCGAGUAGGUAGACAAUAGUUGAUUCCGACAAAUUUCUUCUUUAAUGUGAGUUUCGUCCUCUUGACGGUAGGGUAUAUGAUCAUUGUACACAAUUCUAUGAUAUUACCAUAUAUUACGGCUGUACAUGCACAUUAUUAUUAUCAUUAUUGUCUCAAUAAAUGGUGUAUAUUCA